UCCUGUCUUUCUCCAGGGUCAGUCUGUAGAUCACGACCAGUUCUCUUCAGACCCGUCCAUGUUGUUGGACCAGAAGCCUCCAGUGUACGGCCAGCAGCACCAGCAGGACCCCUCACCCGGCUCCCAUCUAGCCCAGAGAGGAUACCACGACCCUGGGUCCGGCAGACCCAUGCAGGACCCCCCACCCAGCUCCCAUCUAGCCCAGAGAGGAUACCACGGCCCUGGGCCCGGCAGACCCAUGCAGGACCCCACAGGGCAAGGCUUCCACCCCAUGGCUGGCCAGAUGGGCCCCAGACCAGGAUACCCCAUCAUGAGGAUGCAGCAACGACCAGGGCUGAGGCCCCAAGGGGUGCUUCCUAACCAGCCUAAUACACUGAGGUUACAGCUGCAGCACCGGCUACAGGUACAACAGAACCGACAGCCAAUGAUGAACCAGAUGAGUGGCGUGUCCAAUAUGAACCAACCUCUACAGUCCAACAACCCCAACCAGGGGACCAUCAAUGCUCAGAUGUUAGCCCAGCGGCAGCGGGAGCUGCUCAGUAACCAUCUCAGACAGCGACAACUGGAGCACCAGAGACAACAACAACAUCAACAACAGCAGCAGCAGAGGAACAUGGUGAUGAGAGCCCAGGGACUCAACCUACCUCCCAAUAUGGCCGCCGCCAACAUGGCCGCAGCUGCUGCAAGUGGCCUAUCAGGAGGGCUGAUUAACCCCCGGAUCCCCCAGACCACCAACCCCCAGCAGUUCCCCUUCCCACCCAGCUACGGUAUGUCCCAGCAGCCUGACGGAGGGUUUGGAGGACCCACCACGCCCCAGAGUCCCCUGCUGUCCCCCAGGAUGGUCCACGCCCAGUCUCCCAUAAUGCAACAGCAGGGCCAGGGCAAUGCCGCAUUCCAGGGCUUGCCUGACAUAAACGGUUGGCCCCCGCAGGGGAACAUGGGAGGGAACAUGGGAGGGAACAGGUGA